GAGUUUCGGUCACUCCGCCGUGGAGACAUCGAAGUGGUGAGAGAAAAAGAGAGAGAAAGAGAGAAAAAGAGAGAGAGAAAGAGAGAGAGACGAAAGAGAACUUUCAAGUCAUCCCUUCCUCGCUUUGGCACGAGGGUACGCCGAGGGUACGAUACCAGUCUACACGAGAUUCGAAAAGAUGCUGUCAGUACGAAGUGCACUCGCGAUCGCAUUGAUGCUUUUCAUCUUGGUGGAAUGGUCGGGGGCGAUGCCAACGAUCGACAAAGACAAAGAGAGACUCAUGAAUAGUGUGGAUCUGAUAGACGACGACGGUAGCAUUGAAACGGCUCUGAUAAAUUACCUGUUCACCAAGCAGAUCGUGAAGCGUCUCCGCAAUCAGCUGGACAUUGGCGAUUUACUGCGUAAACGGAGCUACUGGAAGCAGUGCGCCUUCAACGCCGUGUCCUGCUUCGGUAAAUAAGCGAGUGCGGCAGGAUGAAAGAAAAAAGAGGGCGAGAGAAGAUCGUACACGCACAUUACACUGUCGGGAAGUUUAGGAAGUCAAAGUCAAACUGCGAGAAAUUAAAAAAAAUUUUAGAUUUAUCCCUAAAUAAAAAAAUCAAUGUGUAUUGUACAAUUUAAUAUUAACAAAUAAUACAACAAUUAAUUUUUGGCAAUUAUUAUGUAGUAAUAACUAUAUUAUUACAUAAUGAUUACUAUUAGUUAAUUAUUAUAAUCGCUGUGUAGCAAUUAUUGCAAUAGAAUUAUGAUUUUCUUAAUAUAUGUCAUUAAAUUAUAUGAAAUAGAUUAGCAAAUUCAAUGUCGCUUCAUAACUCGAUAAUUCGUUAUAAAAAGAUGUGCAAUCCCGACUAUAAAAUAUUCAACACAAAUAAUACAUUGAACGGACAAACGUCACAGAAAAAUUUAAUAAAAUCCCAAUAAAAAAAACCGUUUAGUUAAACUUGAUAACUAAAUUUAAUAAAUCUGGCAUAAUUAAAUUCUCCAAAGUUUCUUCUCAGCUUUUUGCGAGUCUGACUAAUAUUUCAAUACGACUGACUAAAGCGUAUUGUUAUUAUAACCAUGAGAAUAAAUACGGACAUCGCAGAAGCGUAGAGAAGUUUAUUAAAACUUUUCACUAACAUUCGCAAAACUGCUCCUUUAUCGGAGCCAUAUUCCAAACUUUCCGACUUGGCGGUGAGCGUACAAGAAAAGACAAGAAAGAGAGAAAACCUUCCUUAUCUCCUUGCGAGCUGUUCGACUUUAGAGCUUUCAAGAUCAAAGUAGCUGCGAAAGUCACUUCUGUCGGCUGUUUUCGAACUCUUUGCAUCGAUGUUCCCGAAGCGGAUAAUGAGGUGUAUAAGAUAAAUAGAGCUUUAAAGAGCGAGAUUAAGAUUUAAGUUAAAGCUAAAACAAUAACGAUAGCGCGAAUGCAAAGGGUCGAAGGGAAAAUCAUUAAUGGAUAUAUCUGACGUGAAUACAUAUCAGGAGAUACCGCAGGAUACGUGGCAAGCCUAUCAAGUAUUUAUAAUUAGUAGUGCCCCUCAUUUGACUCGAAUAAAGAUUUGUGGCGUUGUAUCUAUUAAACUAUUAAUGUUCUUUAUGCGUCCAUUUACUUCUUUCACAUGUUGUAAUCCAUUAUUCAUCUAGCGCUGUUUGUAACGUCGAUAUACUAUACGUUUCAAUUAAUCUCGUUUGCCUGUCGUCGAUGUCUCGCCUGUAUAUGUCACGGCACUCUAUGAAUUAUUAAACUAUUAUAAUUGGCCCCUCUCGAUUGUAAAAUAUUUCUCCCAUCUCCCUCGCUGCUCCCCCCGUGUACACCAAAUGAUUUUGAUCAUCGAAAAUACAUAUCGACAAUGUGACACCC